UGACGUCAGACGUGUGAGGUGUGACGUUGUGUCGCCGUCGCGACACCGUCGUAUGUACUUCAACUUGGCAUAAGUCUUUACAUUUUGUUGUUGUGUGUUGUGUUUGAUGCGUUUGUUACCGUUAAAAUGUAAAAUUGAAAAUUGGCCUUUGCGAAACGAAAAAUUUUUAAUCUGAAUGUUAAUCGUUUACUAUUUGUAAUAAUUGCAAUAUUUUCGCGAGUGUUGGUGACUAGUUUUACUUUUAUCAACAAUUCUCGAGCAUCUGUGGCCUAUAGGCAGUUUCGAUGGCGAAAAAACGUAAAGCUGCCGUUCCUCGAGUGGAAGUUGCGAAGAAUGAAAAUGUGGAGGAAUCGGUUUUGGACAUUUCCAACUCCAAAAAGAAGAAAAGAAAGUCGAAAGUACAAUCGUCAUUUUCAGAAACUAACGACGAAACGAUUUUAAAAACGCAACUCGACGACGAAAUCGAUACGACAUCGUAUGCUGAAACAAAUGAAUCAGAAUCUUCGUUAGGCGACGAUCAUUCGAAGAACAACAACAACAAGAAGAAGAAGAAAAAGAAAUCGCAAGAUGCGGAUUCUCUGUCAGCUGCAACUUCCGCCGACAGCUGUGAACCGAAAGACAACAAAGUUAACGGUUUGAUCGAUAGUAAAAACGAAACGAAAAGAGUUUGGUCGAAAGAACUUCUCGAGAAGUUGUUGCAUCAGAUAGAAUCGAACAUACCCAAAAAGGAUAAUUUGAAGUAUAGCUUAAGGUUGGCGAAAUUGGAUUGGCAAGCGAUAAGUUUCGACGAUUGUCGCGCUGACGAAUGUCAAGAAAUUUGGCGACUUAUACAAUCCAAACUUCGCACUUACCGAAUAUUCAAAGAAGUUCUCGACGACGCUAAAAAGUAUAUCGAAAACGAUAAUCCUGUGCUCGAUGAUAACCAUCCGGACAAACCGCAGAAGCCGCUAUCGAGUUACAUGUUGUUUCAAAAAGACGUUAAAAAAAAAAUUAUCGACGAAAACCCCGGCAUACACAGCAUCAUCGACGUAUCUAAAUUGAUCGCGGCCAAAUGGAAUACUUUAAGCGAGAAAAAACGAGAAAAAUAUAAAAACAAAGCGAUAAAAUUACGAGAAGAAUACGAAGAACAGCUGAAAUCAUUUUAUGAAAAGCAUCCGGAUAUUCCAGAUCCGAAAAAAUCGAAACCUAAACCUAAAUCGAAGCUGGACGAUUUAGGAUUCGCAAAACCGAAAUCUCCUUUUCAAUUAUUCCUCUAUUCGAUGCGUGAAAAAGAUCCUCAUUCGAGUGCCAGCGAUUUACAAGAGAAAUCCAAAACCAAAUGGACCAAGUUGUCGGAAAAGAAGAAAGCUAUUUGGAUAGAACUAGCCCAGAAGGAAGAAGCCGAUUAUCAAGAAAAUUUACGAAAAUAUCAGUCCGAACAUCCCGAUUAUAAAGCUCCUCCGUUGAAAACGUUGAUUUCCAAACGCGAUAAAAAUAUUUUGAACCACGUUUCCGGUAAACCUGAGAAGCCAGCUGGAAAUGGUUAUUCUUUGUACAGUCGGGAGAGUUUACAAAAUGGCUCGCUCAAGGACAUCGAUUCUAAAUCCAGAUUGGCGGAGAUUGCCAAAAGAUGGAAAGCUUUGGCGCAAUCUGAACGCGAUUCAUACGACAGCAGGGCUAAGCAAAUGAUGAACGAGUACAAAAUCAAAUAUCAACAAUAUCUGGACACUUUGUCGCCGGAAAAAAGAAUUUUGGAGCAAGAAAGCACGCAGCCGAAACGAAAAAAGCCCGAAUCAAAAGAGGCUCCGAAAAGUAAGAAGAAAAAAGUAACCGAACCGGAGAAACCUCCCGAAAACGCCUUCGAACUGUUCAAAGAAAAAAAUAAAAACGAAUGGAAUUCGAAAUCAGCCGCGGAAAUGGAAAAUCAGGCGAAAUUAAAAUGGAAAAAGCUAUCGAACGCCGACAAAAAAUCGUACGCCGAACAAGUGGAAAACCUGAAGAGAUCGUACGUUACAAAAUUGAGCCAAUAUUUGAAAUUUUGUCCGCCUGAAAAAUUGCAAGAAUACGUUUCCAGCAUCGCUUGGCAUAAUCAAACUUCGACUACGCCCGUAACGUUAUCUUCGAGCGAAGCAGACAGCGAUUAAUAGAGAUGGGGGAUGCCGGAUGCGAGUUGCGCUUCGGAUUAAUUCGCGUAUCAUACCGAACACUCGAUAACCGUAACCGUAACAUUUCGUCGUCGGUUACCUACUCUUACUACCCGAAUCUUGUACAAUGUACAUUUAGUUCGGAGUUGUAAUUUUAUAUUUCACGAUACCGUGUAAUUGUGUACUUAUUUUGUAUGUAGCCAAAUACCCUAUGUACCUACUCGUAUUUAUUGUUGGUCCGAAACCUGUUUCAAGUCACUCUUCUUGUCUUGUAUGUACAUUGUACGAUGAUUUAUUUUUAGUUGUUCAUUAUAGUAAGAGAUUUUUAUAAAUUGUACUAUAAAUUUUCGACUGCAGCGAUCAUGUUUUUGCUGAACGUCGUGUUCAAAGUUGUUUCUUCUUUUAUAAUUUUUUUUUUUACGCCUAUUUAUGUAAUGUAAUUUUUAAAGCGGGGAAAAUAUAGUUUCAUCGCCGACAUUUA